GAUAGUCCUUCUUUAGAAUGCGGUUACUGCCGUAUAUUCUCCUUCUCGGUUUGACCAGAGGCGAAGAUGUUCGGAUUGACUGUUAUCCGGAGCCGGGAGCUUCCAAGGAGCAGUGUGAAAGUAGAGACUGCAUCUGGAGCGAGAGCACAGCAGUGGAGGGAAUACCGUAUUGCUACAUGAAACCAGGUAUUGGCUACAAGUUUUUGUCAGCUGCAGCGGAUGUGAUAACACUCACUAGAAACGACGGACCAAAGAAUCCCUGGGGCGAAGAUUUUGAAAAAAUCUUCUUUACCCGCAGCUACAUUGGAGCCACUCUUAAUGUCAAAAUAUACGUUUCUAAUAGAUUCGAACCACCACUUGAUCUACCACGUGAACCAUCCAAAUCAAAUGAUGAGCUGAGGCUUUUCACUUACUCUCAUGACAAUCCAUUUCACUUCAAUGUCACCCGUGAAUCCACCCGAACAACUUUAUUUGACAGUUCAGCAGGCGGACUGAUUUUCUCUGACAAAUUUAUACAAAUCGCAACUAGGCUACCCUCCGAAAAAAUGUACGGCUGGGGAGAGAAUGUUCAUCCAACGCUGAAGCACAAUUUCACACGGUACACGACAUGGGCAAUGUUCGCAAGAGGUGAACCACCAAGCUCGAACCAUAUUGAAACGAAAAAUCUUUACGGGGUCCAUCCGUUCUACAUGGUAUUGGAGCCAGAUGGCAAAGCCCAUGGAGUGCUGAUUCUCAAUAGCAAUGCACAGGAGAUUACGACAGCACCUGGACCUACACUUAUCUACCGUACCAUCGGAGGCAUUCUCGACAUGUAUUUCUUCCCAGGUCCUACUCCGAGAGAAGUAACGGAACAAUACCUUGCGUUGGUCGGAAGGCCUUGUUUGCCAGCUUAUUGGGGACUGGGCUACCAAAUAUCUCGUUAUGGCUAUAAGGAUCUAGAUGAGAUGAAGAGCAUAAUCGAACGAAAUGUUGCAGCAGGAAUUCCUUUGGAUACAGUAGUGGUAGACAUCGAUUACAUGGAGAGAUACAAAGAUUUCACCAUUGGCGAGAAGUGGCAAGGACUCUAUAAUUACACCGACGAUUAUCUGCACAUACAUGGAAUGAAGCUUAUUCCAAUCUUCGAUGUGGGCAUACAAGUUAACGAUGAUGCCUUUAGAAGAGCGAAGGAAAAAAGCGCCCGAUUCAUUGAGUGGGAGCGAGCAGAUCAAGUCCCUCGUGGUAUUCAAGACCUGUACCCGCUAGCAAGAGACACAAAGAUCAUGCUGAGUGUUGGUUGGCCUGAUGCGCAUGUCGCAUUCCCUGACUUUCUCGAACCAACAAAGAGUACAGCAAACUGGUGGAUUGACGAGUUCGUAGAAUUUUACAAGAAACUUCCUUUCGACGGUAUCUGGAUUGAUAAGAAUGAACCAGCAGCAUUUGGCACAAAUGAAGAUUAUCCAUGGUACUUUGAUAAUCCAGAUCACCCCAAUAUAACCCAGCUUGAAUGUCCGGUAGACACAUCGAAGCAAGACUGGGAGUGGGAUAUGCCACCUUAUAAAACACGCGCCGUUUGGCGAUAUGGCAAGAAUUCUUAUUUAUCCUCCAAAACAAUGUGCAUGUGUGGAGUACAACAUCGUGGAGAAUAUCGUCACUAUGAUGUGAAAAAUAUUUAUGGGUGGAGUGAAGCAAAAGCGACGCUGCAAGCUCAAUAUAAGGCGACAAAGAAGAGAGGAGUUGUUGUGUCAAGGUCUACGUUCCCUUCUGGAGGGCGAUAUGCGGGGCAUUGGCUGGGAGACAACAGCGCCACAUGGGCAGAUCUCCAAUCAGCCGUUAUUGGUGCACAAGAAUUCAAUAUGUUUGGCUACCCGUACGUCGGCUCUGAUAUAUGUGGGUUCAAUGGUGAAACAAGUGAGGAAUUAUGUUUGAGAUGGCAACAAAUGGGAGCUUUCCACCCUUUCAUGAGAAACCAUAAUCGCCUUGGUAUGCCACCUCAAGAUCCUGCACGUUGGAGAUCGGUCACCGAUGCUACAAUUAAAGCCAAUCUAUUUCGAUAUACUUAUCUACCGUAUUUGUAUAGUUUACAUUUUGAAGCUUCACUAUACGGCAGAACAGUUAUUAGGCCUCUAUUCUAUGAGUUUCCGGAAGACAGCAAGACUCAUGACCUAAACUAUGAGUUCCUUUGGGGCAGCUCCAUGCUCAUUGCUCCUGUGGUUGAGCAGGCAGCGACAAUAGUAAAAGUGUACCUGCCUGGAGAUGACUGGUAUUCGUUAUUCGACCAUGAGUACGGUCAGCUUUUUACAAAGGGUGUGCACAACUUCCCUGUUCCAUGGACUUCUUUGAUACCAGUUCUAGUCAGAGGCGGCUCGAUACUGCCUCGUCAGAUGCCAAAUGUCUCGACCGUAUACUCUCGUGAAAACCCAUUCGAACUAUUAGUUGCUCCUCUAAAGGAUAAUGAGUACGGUUUCGCUUCUGGUUUCUUAUACUGGGACAAUGGUUAUAGCAUUGUCGAUUCAUUCGCAACGCAUCCCUACUAUCACUGGACUUUCCGCUACAGUAGCUCGAGUGUAGUCUCGAGUUUAGUAGUAACAACACAUAGAAAGGCAAACGCCAGCUAUCUUGUUCCAACCCUCGAUAGAAUAGAGAUUCUCAACUACAAUGCUCAUCCCGAUUUCGACACCUUCACGUUGAAUGGCGGUUUGGUUUACAUCAAUAAGAAAUCAUGCCGCUAUGACGAAAACACGAAAAUUCUGUAUAUUUCAACGAGGAGACUCAUUGACAUUGCAAAAGGACUGACAUAUACGUUGUCGUGGAGAAAUAAAAUUAUGGAAGAGGAAGUACGAUUCGACUGUCUCCCAGAGCCAGGCGCUAAUGCAGGGGAAUGCCACAGAAGGGACUGUAUAUGGAAAUCGAGUACUGCUUACAUAGGGAUUCCAUCGUGUUAUAUGAAACCCGGGAUUGGAUACAGAAUUUCGUCUUCUAAUGGGAAUAAGACUGAAUUAGAGAAGAACGACGGACCAGAAUCUCCUUGGGGGAAGGAUAUAGAUAAGAUCACACUUACUUCAAGCUACAUUGGAAGAACUUUGAAUGUCAAGAUCGGUGUGGAAGGACGAUAUGAACCACCACUUGAUCUUCCACGCAAUCCUUCUAUGGGAGGAGAUAAUCUGCAGCUAAACAUCCGUACUGUCGACGGUUCCGACUACUUCUACUUCACUGUGACGCGCGAAUCUAAUAAAGAAGUUCUCUUUGAUACUUCUUUAGGUGGUCUAAUUUUCUCGGAUCAGUUUAUACAAAUCACUACGAGGCUACCAUCGGAAGCAAUGUACGGAUGGGGAGAGAACAGUCAUCCGACGUUGAAGCACAGAUUUGAUCGUUACACUACUUGGGCAAUGUUUGCGCGAGACGAAUGGCCUUACUCAGAAACACUCUCAACUAAAAAUCUCUACGGGAUGCACCCAUUCUAUAUGAUGUUGGAAAAAGAUGGAAAAGCACACGGAGUGUUCAUAUUGAACAGUAAUGCGCAGGAAAUUACCACAGCUCCUGGACCCACGCUAAUUUACCGCACAAUCGGCGGCAAUCUGGACAUGUACUUCUUCCCCGGUCCUACCCCAGAGGAAGUAACCCAGCAGUACUUAGCGUUAAUAGGAACCCCAACCUUGCCAGCCUACUGGGGCUUUGGCUUCCAGAUCUCUCGAUGGGGCUAUAAAAAUUUCGCUGAGAUGAAGGGCAUCGUUGAAAGCAACAUUAAAGCUGGUGUACCUUUCGAUACAGUUGUGGGAGAUAUCGAUUACAUGGACAGAUACAAAGAUUUCUCGAUUGGAGAGAGCUGGCAAGAGUUCCCUGCUUACGUUGACCAACUGCAUCGUCGUGGGAUGCGAGCAGUGCUGAUGUUCGAUCCGGCAAUCCAAGCCAAUUACGAACCGUUUGAAAGAGCAAUGGCUGCAAAAGCAAAAUUCGUUGAGUGGGAACGUCCCGACCAAGUGAUAAACUCGACGAAUAGCUUGUAUCCUCUGGUAAAAGGAACGAAAAUUAUGUUGGGCGUUGUGUGGCCGGAUAACCACACUGCUUUCCCCGAUUUUCUCGAUCCAAGCGGUAAUACUGCCAAGUGGUGGAUUGACGAACUAACAAGAUUCCAGCAACAAAUCGCAUAUGAUGGCAUCUGGAUCGAUAUGAAUGAACCGGCAAACUUCGGGACGAAUAUCGAACAUCCAUGGUACUUUGAUGAUCCUGAUCAUCCAAAUAUUGAGCCUCUGAGGUGUCCAACGGAGGAAGGCUCCCAAGAUGCGCGCUGGGACAUGCCGCCGUAUAAAACGCACAACGUGUGGGUGUUCGGAAAGGAGGCGAAACCAUAUUUGGCGACGAAUACUCUGUGUAUGUCAGCUGUACAAGCUAACGGGGCUUUCCGUCAUUAUGACGUAAAGAGCCUUUAUGGCUGGAGUGAGUCAAAAAUAACCCAGCAAGGACAAUACAAGGCGACUAACAAGAGAGGAAUUGUAAUAUCCAGAUCUACGUUUGCCUCUAGUGGACGUUAUUGUGGUCAUUGGCUUGGUGACAACUCGGCAACAUGGGCCGAUCUUCGUUCCGCAGUGAUUGGAGCUCAGGAAUUCAAUCUUUUCGGUAUACCAUAUAUCGGCUCUGAUAUCUGUGGCUUCAACCGUGAAACUGAGGAAGAACUAUGUCUCAGAUGGCAUCAACUGGGAGCAUUCCAUACAUUUAUGAGAAACCACAAUUCUCGAACUCUGCCACCGCAAGACCCGGCACAAUGGAAGACUGUGGCAAACGCAACUAGGAAAGCGACUCUAUUCCGUUAUAGCUACCUACCCUACCUCUUCAGUUUGCACUUUGAAGCCUCAAUGAAUGGCGGAACCGUCAUUCGGCCAGUUUUCUAUGAAUUCCCCACAGACAGCAGAACUCACGAUCUGAGCUACCAAUUCCUUUGGGGUCGCUCUUUGCUAAUAGCGCCUGUUGUGCAUAAAGGUGCAACGAGUGUCAAGGCAUAUUUGCCAGAAGCGACCGAAUGGUAUUCGCUAUUUGACCAUAAUUAUGGCCAACUUAUUGAAGGGGGCAACCGAACUUUCCCUGCUCCAUGGGAAUCUCUUAUUCCAGUUUUGGUUCGAGCUGGUUCGAUAUUGCCUCGCCAAAAGCCAGACAUCACGACAGAUUAUACGCGCAAAAACGCUUUUGAGUUGUUGAUAGCUCCUUCGUACGGUAAUGAAUUCGGUCACGCCUCUGGCUUCCUAUACUGGGACGAUGGUGAAAGCAUUGUUGAGUCAUUCGAAAAUCAUCCUUACUACCACUGGUCAUUCAUAUAUGGUAGCGGUGAGAAGUUUGGAAGACUAAUUAUCACGAGGGAGAGAGAGGCAAAUGGCCUGGAGAUUCCUACACUUGAUACGCUGGAAAUAUUUGGAUACGGAAGUUAUCCCGACUUUGACAGCUUUGAAUUGAAUGGAGAAAAGAUCCGCAUUAACAAAGCUGUUUCCCACUACGAUGAAAGCACGAAAAUUCUGUACAUUUCUAAGAGGAAUUUCAUCAAUUUGACGCUUUCAACAGCAACAUUGACUUGGAGGAAUGAGAGGGUAGGGGGAGUCGCUCGAAUAAAUUGUUAUCCUGAACCAUUUCCGAACAAAGAACUAUGCGAAGAAAGAGGUUGUAUAUGGAGAGGAAGUUCCGCUUAUCCCGGAAUUCCGUAUUGUUAUAUGAAAGAAGGAGUGGGUUAUAGGAUUGUUUCGUCGACUGGGGAGAAAACCUUGUUAGAGAAGAACGAUGGACCGAAAAAUCCUUGGGGACAUGACAUAGAGCAAAUCACCCUCACAUCAAAAUACAUGGGAAAAACCUUGAAUGUGAAAAUUGGAGUGGAUGGACGCUAUGAACCACCUCUCGAUCUCCCUCGCAAUCCGUCCAAAUCAGAGGAUACAUUGACGCUGGAAAAACAUACAAAUGAGGAGUUAGACUACUUCUAUUUUACUGUGGUUCGCAAGUCUACGAAAGAAGUUUUGUUCAACACCUCUAUGGGUGGUCUGAUCUUCUCGGAUCAGUUCAUACAAAUCGCUACGAAGCUGCCAUCGGAAGCAAUGUAUGGGUGGGGAGAGAAUAGCCAUCCAACGUUGAAGCACCAAUUCGAUCGUUACACAACUUGGGCUAUGUUUGCUCGAGACGAGUGGCCUUACUCAGAACAAGUUACCACUAAAAAUCUUUAUGGUAUGCAUCCGUUUUAUAUGAUGAUAGAAAAAGAUGGAAAAGCACACGGUGUAUUCAUAUCGAACAGUAAUGCGCAGGAAAUUACCACAGCUCCUGGACCUACAUUGAUCUACCGCACAAUCGGCGGAAAUUUGGACAUGUACUUCUUCCCAGGUCCUACCCCUGAGGAAGUGACACAACAGUACUUGGCGUUGAUAGGAACCCCAACCUUGCCAGCUUACUGGGGCUUUGGCUUCCAGAUUUCUCGAUGGGGCUACAAAGAUUUCGCUGAGAUGAAACGCAUAGUUGAAAACAACAUCGAAGCUGGAAUACCUUUCGAUACAGUUGUGGGAGAUAUCGAUUACAUGGACAGAUACAAGGACUUUUCAAUUGGAGAGAGCUGGCAAGAGUUCCCUGCAUACGUCAAGCAACUCCACAAUCGUGGAAUGCGUGUGGUGUUGAUGUUCGAUCCGGCAAUUCAGGCAAAUUAUGAACCAUUUGAAAGAGCAAUGACAGCAAAAGCUCGAUUCGUUGAGUGGGAACGUUUCGACCAAGUGAAAAACUCAACCAACAACUUGUAUCCGCUGGUAAAAGGAACCAAGAUCAUGUUGGGUGUGGUGUGGCCAGACAAUCACACGGCAUUCCCAGAUUUUCUUGACCCGAGCGGCAAUACUGCCAAGUGGUGGAUUGACGAAUUAGUCAGAUUCAGACAAGAAAUUGCUUAUGAUGGCAUCUGGAUUGAUAUGAAUGAGCCGGCAAACUUCGGGACAAACGAAUACCAUCCGUGGUACUUUGAUGAUCCUGACCAUCCAAAUAUUGAGCCUCUGAAAUGCCCAAUGGAAGAGGGCACUGAAGAUGCACGAUGGGACAUGCCACCAUAUAAAACGCACAAUGUGUGGGUAUUUAGAGAGGAUAAUGCGCAAUCCUACUUGGCAACAAAGACAUUAUGUAUGUCUGCUGUGCAAGGCGAUGGCACUAUGCGCCACUACGAUGUGAAGAGCCUUUAUGGAUGGAGCGAAUCGAAAGUUACACAGCAGGGGCAGUUUAAGGCUGUAGGAAAGAGGGGCAUCGUCAUAUCAAGGUCUACUUUCGCAUCCAGCGGUCGCUUCUGCGGUCACUGGCUUGGUGACAAUUCAGCAACGUGGGAAGAUCUUCAAUCCGCUGUUAUUGGAGCUCAAGAAUUCAACCUCUUCGGAAUACCAUACAUUGGUUCCGAUAUCUGCGGUUUCAAUCGUGAAACAGAAGAAGAGUUAUGUCUUAGAUGGCAUCAGUUGGGAGCGUUCCACACAUUUAUGAGGAAUCACAAUUCUCGAACAAUGCCACCGCAAGACCCAGCACAGUGGAAAUCCGUAGCAAACGCAACCAGAAAAGCCACGCUGUUCCGCUACAGCUACCUACCUUACCUCUUUAGUUUGCACUUUGAAGCCUCGAUGUACGGAGGGACCGUUAUUCGUCCUGUUUUCUACGAAUUCCCAGCUGAUAAUAGAACACACGACCUCAGCUAUCAGUUCCUCUGGGGUAGCUCUAUGCUUAUCGCUCCAGUAGUGCACAAGGGAGCCAAAAAUGUGCAGUUCUACCUACCUAAAGAUGACUGGUACUCCGUGUCUGAUCACAAAUACGGACAACUAAUAUGGGAUGGUGAUCAAGUAUUCCCCGCUCCUUGGGAUUUAUUGAUUCCAGUUCUUGUCAGAGGCGGAGCUAUAAUUCCAUGUCAGGAGCCCGAUAUAACCACGGAGUACACAAGAAAAAAGCCGUUCAAACUAGUGAUUGCUCCAGGGACACCCACAGGUCAGUCACCUGACACAGCUCAAGGUUUUCUCUAUUGGGAUGAUGGCGAUAGCAUCGUUAAAUCAUUUUCAACACAUUCCUAUUACCACUGGACCUUCAGCUACAGACAAGACGAAUCCGGGGCAGAUUUGACAAUUAAAAUGGAAAGAAAAGCAGACAAUCUGGUGAUUCCUACGCUCGAUACUCUGGAAAUUUUCAAUUAUAGAUAUCCAUUGGACACCGACAAUGCAGUCUUCAUGCUGAACGGCAAAAAGGCUGACAUCGAUGAGAGCGAUUUGAAAUACAACAAAGAAGAAAAAACCCUGUACAUCACUAAGAGUAACUUCAUCGACAUGUCCUCGGAAACGAUUAUUGAGUUGCUUUGGACGGAUGAAGAGAUCGACGACGGUUCGUCAACAAUGUUUACGUAUUCUUGGCUGCUCCCUUCGACGUGCCUUAUGCUUCUGAAGCUGUUGUAACAAACACUGUAACAUAUCAGACUGCUUUGUGCAGUAUAGCUAUUGCAUGUGCUGUUUACGUACUCCAUGAUUGCUAUGUCGAUAAUUAAAGUAAAUAAUCCACAUAGUUGACCUUUGGGGCACCUCAACUGUUUAUGUAGAAAGUCCGAACUCGGUAUUUGUUGGUAAGGAUAUGAUAAUAUUACCACACAUAGAAA